AUGUUUAAAUUCUUAAAAUCUAAAUUAUUUCCUCAAAUAUCUGAAGAUGAGCCUAAAUUUAGAUGUGUAAAUUGUGGACAUCAUCUAAAAGAGUUGUAUAAAACUUAUAGUCCAACAAUACAAAAGCUAGCUGAAUGUGAAAGAUGCAAAAAUAUUGCUGAUAAUUACAUCGAGUUUGAAAGUUUAGUAAUAAUUAUAGAUUUGAUUUUAUUAUCAACUCAUGCUCAACGUCAUGUUUUAUACAACACAAGUUGUAAGAAUCUUUACAAAAUCUUGAUGGUCAUAACAUUAUUAGAAAGUUACUGUUUAUGGAUGGAAAUUUAUGAUAAGAAAGUAGGACUCAGUGAACCUAACAGAGAUCCAUUGUACCUUGAGAAAGGAUUCUACUUAUCAACAACUCAAAUUAUUCUAUCCAAUUUUUCAUUCUUUAUGAUCAUCCGAUUGUUGACAUCAUGUUCAUCGAACGAACAUUUCAGAAAUCGAAGUUUAACGAUGGAUCUCUUCAGAGGAUUUAUGCUCGCAUCUAUUGCGAAGUUUUUCUUCCUUCCAAUUAUUAUUUGGCGUGACAACAUUUCUGGCAUUAGCUCAGCAGUUCAUAUGGUGCUCAUCAUCGGAUAUUUUUUGAUCUCUUUAAUUUAUAUUCACUCAUCAGUCACUGGUUGCUCUAAAAAGAUAAGCACAGGAACAAUUGUUCUUGCAUUUAUGAUUAAUAAAUAUAUUUGGUUUAAUCUUUACUUCACUGAAGGAAUUAUGUCACAACAUAGGUUUAGAUUGGCAGUCAUCUGUCUGUCGUUUUUCUUCCUUAAGCUUUCAUUGGCUCAUCAAUAUUAUGGGACAAUGUUAAGUGAAAUUAAACCAUCAGCAAUUCCACCUGACAUGAAAUGGAGUGGCGGUGAAUUUCUUUGGGGUUGUUCGACUACCAAAGCUUUGUUGAAGAAUUCUGGAAAAUACAUCAACAAGAAUAACAUCGCAACAAGAGGUCAAAUUUAUCGAGAUUCAGUUUUCUUCGCACUUCCACGAUACAGAAAAGGAAUUCCAGCAACUUUAGUCAAAACAAAGCUUAAGCGUGGAGCUUGCAGUGUAGCUUAUGAACCUUUCCCUUGUUGGACGAUGCAAGAAGAAGGAAAAUGCACUGCAUUGCAAUCAGUUGUUGAUCUUACAUUGGAUGGUUCUGAUGUUCUUUGGGUUCUUGACACUGGAGUUAUUGAGACUCUCGAAGAGAACCCAACGCAAGUCUGCCCAGCUAAAGUUAUGGCAUUCAACGCUCGCAAUGGAAAAUUAAUCAAGACUAUCACAUUUGAAGGUUUGGUCUCCAAAUCAUCUCGACUUCAAUAUCUUGCAGUUGAUUAUGGACGUGAUGGUCGCGCUUUCAUUUAUGUAUCCGAUGCAGCUGCAAGAGCAAUCAUCGUGUAUGAUGUUCAAGCUUCUAAAGGUUAUCGAGUCGUCUUACCAAAAGCUAUCAGUGAAGGAUGUGGUAAAAAAGAUGUUUUAUAUUUGGCAUUGACACGUAAGUCAUGUGGAGACACAACACUUUACUUCACAUAUCUUUGCUCAAAGAAAAUUUUCGCUAUUAAAACUGAAUAUUUGAGAGAUGGAAGAAAUGCUGGAAGAAUUCAAGAGGUCGGCACGAAACCAGGAAAAAUGGUCAUCAUUGGAACUGACAAUGGAUGUUCAAUCUUCUUCCGUUAUGAAGGCCACUCUGAAGUUUAUCGAUGGGACACUAACACAUCGUUUGAUGAUGACUUCUUUAGGGUUGUCUACAGAAGUGAAUCAUGUCAAUUAUCAACACAUGCAGUUGCUGAUUACAAACAUCAAAGAAUGAGAGUUUUGGAAAGUAAUUUCCCUGAUUACAUUCAGAAUAAAAUGAGAAGAUUUAGGAGCAACUAUCAUACUUUGUCAUUUGACCUUACAAAUGAUGAUUAUGAAUUAAAAUAUACGGGAGCGAAUAUUGAAUCACUUGAAGUUGUGACUAAUCCCAAGUUUCGACUCUAUGACAUUUACCAAGGAAGAUUUGCAAUUAGCAGCAAUAAUUCAAAAUUUGAUAUUCGUGGAAUUGAUGUAAAUAAUCGAAAUCAAUUCUGUAUGAAGAAUAGAAAACAAAUAUGGCCAAUGGAAUCAACAAGCAGAGAAGUUGUUGAGUCAACGACUUUAGUUGAAAAUUUGACGACGGAAAAACCUAAAAUUUGCGGAUUAAUCAAAAAACUUCAUAACAUUUCAAAUGCUGUUGAUCUUCCAUCACAACCUGGGGAAUUUCCUUGGACUGUUUCAAUCUUUCGUUAUUUUAAUGACAUUGAAGAAUCUUACUAUAAAUGUAGCGGAUCAAUAAUAAGUACGAAAACUAUCCUAACAUCAAUCAACUGUUUACUUGAAGAUGGAAUUCUUCUUAGAAAUUCAGAAAUUCAAAUUUAUCUUGCACCAUUUUUAUUAUCAUCAAAAAAGUCAAAGAUUGAAGUUUAUGAUGUCAAAGAGAUUUUAAUUCACGAACUUAACAGUCAUCAAUUACAGCAAGGGUUGACAAACAAUAUCGCUUUGAUUAAAAUUGAUGGCAACAUAGAAUUUAACGAUUAUGUUCAACCGAUUUGUCUACCUGAAGAAAACUUUAACAUUGAAAGGAAAAUUGGAAAGCUUGCUGGUUUUGGAAGAUCUGCAAUAAAUUGUCCCUUGAGGUCAGGAAUACUAACCAAAGCUGAGUUUCAUAUCAGGAAAGUUGACGAUGGGAUUUUCAUUGCUGAAAAUACUUCUGGCAAUAGCAGAAUCAGCGACCUUGGAAGUGGACUUUUUAUUAACGAAACAAAUCGUUGGGUGCUUGCUGGAAUAAUGUUGAGAAAGUCUUACGAUUAUGUUAUCACAACUGCCAAUGAAGCUCCAAAGGAAGAUUUCAUUUUCACAUUU